AUGUGCCGGAAGUGCAAGGGCCGCGACGGCAACCCGUUCUGCAACUGGGCUGGGCGGACCGAUUGCUACAAGUGCCAUGUGGCAAAAGGGCAGUGCUUCUUGGCCAAGGACCUGCAGGCCGAGCACGGCAAGCUCAAGAAGAAGCUGCAGGAUCAAGAGAAGGGGAACGCCAUGGACGUGGACCCCAAUAAUGACACUGAGGACUUGCGGAACGAGGCGACGGCGAUCAAGAAGGAGAUCGGGCUGCUCCGCGAGAGCUGCGGGGCCGCAGCGGCGGCCGCCCUGUGGGAGAAGGAGGCGGAGCUCAAGGAUGUGCAGGCGCAGAUCCUGGCCGCCAAGCCCACGGGGACCCAGUUCAAGGCCCUCAUCGACAGCAUCGCGGAGCUGCAGAAGACGAUCGACAAGCGCAACGCUACGAUCCAGGAGCAUCAGGAGGCGAUGGCCGAGGCGAGGGACGAGAACGAGAAAGGUCUGCAGAAACUCAAAGAGCUGGAGCUCCAGCAGCAAGUCGUGGCCAGGGGGCAUGUUGCGGCCAGCCCGCCACCCGACCCCGACGACCUGCUCCGGCUCCUCGACACCUUGGUCGCGGGCCUCCGGACGGGUUGGGCUUCUUCCGAGCAGCUGCAAUCCUAUGCCCCAUGGGAGUCCCAGCUGCGGCUCCACCUGGCAGCCACGAAGGAGCUCCGCGCCCAGGAGGCAGCCG